AUGGUCCAGAGAGGUCAAUGUGCAGCCCACAUCGACCCACCCCGCCCCCCGCCCGUCCCUGCACGAGCACCGCCUCCGCAGGGAUACAGGCGCGGCACGGCGCGCGUCGGCUCGCCGAUGCGCGCUCGUGGCGCGGCGCACAUACGCUCUUGGCGCGUAGAAACGUUAGAUAGGCGAGUGCGCGUUCUUUCUCUCCCGCGCGUUGUCGUUCCGGUCGCUGACGUCUCCCCGGCGGCGAUGCCAGCCCUGUGUAACCCUCAUAAUAAGAAUGAUGUAUUUGUUCCGACAUCCGACGUCCGACGCGUCCUGCGCGGUCUCACGCGCGACCCAAAUGCGCGAUUCCAGCACCGCGGUCCGCGACUCAAACGCGCCCUUCCGCCCGCGAACCAGCCCCAGCCCCAGGCUUCCAUUCUUCGGGAGCAGGCGGCGCCCCGUGACCCCAAGUUCCUUUUUCCCAGUACAGUAGCCUCCCGAGUCGGCGCCUCGCGUCAGUGGCUCGAAGGGGUCAAAAAGCAGCCUACAUUGACCGAGUCCUCUCUUCGCCAUCGCGCGGCCGGCCUGCGGGUCGUCCGCGCGUGCCUCGUGCGCGCGUGCCCUUUCAUGUUAUGA